UAGUAAUUUUAACAAAUAAUCUCCAAAUUUUGAUUAUUUUGUUUUGCUUGUAAUGGAGAAGUAUUUGGUUCCAGCGGAAGAAAACCCUAGAAGACCUACUCGAUUGUAUCAAUGGAAGAGAAGUUUAAUCGAAUUGAAUGGCAGAUUAGGGUCAAAGUACCGCCAUGACCUCUCUGCUCUGCUCUUGCAAUCCUACUCUCAGAUUGGAGCUUUUCCGCACUUGUAUCAUACAAUUGGAGAAGGAGAUGCUGCAAUUCCUUGUCGAACUAAUCAGUUGAAUUCGAGGGGUUUGGCCUCUGACUUGACUCGCCAAUUCGCUAUAAACAAGCAAGGCGUAUCUGCCCUGGAGUUUGACAAUAAGGGAAUUUAUUUAGUAUCAGUGACGAAAUCAGGGUGCUUGACAGUGCAUGACUUUGAAUCACUUUAUUGUCAGGCUAAUGAUUCAUUUCCAUGCUUUGGCAAAGAUGAAAGAAAGUGUGAAGAUGAAAGUAAACAUGUCUUGCACAAUUCUUUGGGCCGACAACUAGACUCGGUUCGCUGGAAUCUUGCCAACCAAGAUGAGGUCGCUUGCACAUCUAUGAAAACUAAUGAAGUACAAAUUUUUGAUAUUGGUUACAUUUCUUCUGAACCAGUUGAAGUUUUAAAAACAAGGCGUGCUGUCACUGUUCAUGGGUCUGACAUUCAUAAAGGUCUAACAGAUAUUGCUUUCACUUCAGAAUCAAGGUUAAUUGCUUCUGAUACAAAUGGUGGAGUCAAUGUAUGGGAUAGAAGAAUGAGUGCACUUCCAUGUCUUGAGCUUACAUCUAAUUCCCGUAGUGCCCUUAACAGUAUCAAGUUAAAUGUGGAAAAUCAGAUGGUUUUCGGGGCUGGUCGGCAUGGAAUAGUUUAUAUGUGGGAUCUCCGUGGAGGAAGAGCUCCUUCUGCUUUUCAAAUUCAUAAAGAGAUGUGCCAUCCACCUGUAACGUCUUGGAAGUUAUCAUCAAUGCUUGAGAGAAUAGGAUCUUUGAAGGCACAAUCAGAUAUUGUCUCCAAAGAAGUGCACUCCAUUGAUUUUGAUCCAUCUUGUCCGUAUCAGUUGGCAUUCCAUCUUGAUGAUGGUUGGUCGGGCAUUUUAGAUAUUUACAAUUUCCAAGUUACGCAUGUUCAUUGCCCUCCCCCAGCUUGGUUGAAUGGGUCCUUCACUGAUCUGUUGUCCUUGAGAAAACCAUCAUGGCUAGCGACACAUUCAAUCUAUGUGGUUGGAUCAUCAACUGACAAUGGCAUCCAUCUUUUAGAUUUCUAUCCUGAUCCCAGCUCUCCUUGCCACGUGGACUACAGUCCCAUAGAGGACGCAGAGAGGCCAUCCAGGGUGAACAGAAGAAACAAGCAAAAUAGGUUUAUUCCAUUGUCUGAAGGUGUUACUGCGUGCGCCGCCCAUCCCCUCAACGGCACCAUCAUAGCUGGAACCCAGCUUUCAUCUUUGCUGGUCGUAUCCCAACAGAAGCAUUCUGAAGUCGAUUAGGAGAGAUGAAAGGAGUGAAAUGAAGAACAUCUUCAUUCUUUUAGGGGAACUCAAGAAUUUAUCCUUG